GAUUACUAUCUAAGCUACAUUUGAGAAUAAGAAUUGCUGUUAUAAACCCACACAAGUUUUAGCCCCGCGGUCCCUGUCAGUGGGCCGCGGGAGGUAAACACGCCGCCGCCAUGCCGCCGCCACGCGUGCUCUGCCUUGUGUUUUUACUUAGUGUGGUGUGGAUAUCCCCUCUUCAGGCCUCCAGGCUCAACGUGCCCCGCGUGCUGCUGCCCUACAACCACCACACGCCCACUAAUUUCACCCUCAAGGUCUCCAACGGCGGCUGCUACAAGUGGGAGUGUUCACGGCAGGAGGUGGUGGUGCUGUCGGGUGUAGAAGAGGAUGGGUGUGCUAACGAAGUGGAGGUGUCAGCUGUCAGCCGCUCACCCUCCCGCCAGACAGCCAUCAUCCUUGCCCAGGACUCAGGUAGCGGGGAUGUGCUGCGCUGUGACGUGCUGGUGGACGCCAUUCACCACCUGGAGAUCGUCACCACCACGAGGGAGCUGUACGAGGAGGAGGCGCCCGAGGCCUUUGAAGUGCAGGCAUAUGACAGCCAGGGCAACCAGUUCUCAACCUUGGAGGGCGUGGAGAUGAGUUGGAAGCUGCAGACCCUUACAGGCCAUGACUCUGGAGGAGGAGGAUCUCAAACAGUGCUGAGGUUCAUCACAUUCGAGGAGUCACCCUACAAGGUGCCGACGUCCAUUGCCCCGCUGGAGAGGGCCGGCCGCCAGGGCUACAUGGUGCUCAUCGAGGGCCGACAGACUGGCCUGGCUAAGCUGUCUGUUCAUCUGGCUCACCAAGCCUACAAGCAGGUGGAGCCUGCGGUGGUGGAGCUGAUGGUGGUGGCCAACCUGCUGCUGGACCCGGCCGACUCCUACGUCUUGCCCCACACACGCGUCCACUACACUGUCCACCAGCUCAAGCAGGGACACCUCGAGGCCAUCAACCUGAAGGCCUCCAGGUUCUUCUUGCAGGUUGCAGACACUUCUAUAGGAGAGCUGGAGGAUGAUGGCACCACUGUGUUAGCCAAGGCUCUAGGCACCACACAGGUGGUUCUAGGGGGCAGCCACUUGGUGUCGUCCCAGCUGGUGCGGCAGCCGGCAGCCACCCUUCAUGUGGUUGAGCCGUCCCACCUGGCCAUCUCCAUCAAGCCGCACAACAACCCCUUCCUCACCCUGGGCCGCCCCUACAGCUUUGUGGUGACGGUGCAUGAUGCGGCUCAGAACCAGAUCUUCUUGCCUGACAACAUCGUCAUCCAAACCACGGUGCCAGCGGAAUACUUCAAGGCCGAGUUUGUCACCCGCAACGGUUCCUACAUCCACGGCACACCCAUCCUUACCGGCAGGACCACAGUCACGGCAGUACUAUCAGCAGUGGAGGUGGGGGAUGAGGUAAUGGAGAUCAGCCCGCCACUCACAGCCGCCCAGGACAUCGAGAUCUUUGAGCCAGUGGUGGUGGUGCCGCCCCUUACUGUGCUGCCAUGGGACCCUGUUACACGCCCACUCUACUCUGUCAAUCUCACGGCCAAGGGUGGGUCAGGCAGUGUUGGGUGGAGCAGCAACAACCCAGAGAUCGUAGUGGUGACCCAGGCCGGCGUGUGCAGGACUCGGGGACAGGGAUCAGCCACCAUCACCGCCGCCAUGACCACCAACUCCCAAAACAGAGACACAGCGCAGAUCCACAUAAUGGAGGCUUUGGGGCUAUCACUGCUGCCUGGGGAGGUGGAAGUGGAGGUGGAGGCCCGGUUACCCCUCCACCUGGCUGCCCAUACGCUUCACCAGGAUGCUCCACUGCCCUUCACGACCUGCCACAAGCUGCCUCUAACUGUGGAACCUGUCGAACCCUUCUCGGCCCUCCCUGAUGUGCUACCACCCACUGCCGAGGGCUCCUGUGCUGUGGUGGAGGUGGUGGCCAGGACUCCAGGCUUUUCCGUCGUCAACGUCAGCUACCACAGCGAGAGUGGCGCCGAGAGCCAGGAGAAGCGCCUCAAGCUGACGGCCUCCACCACUGUUGCUGCCUACAGACCGCUACGCCCCAUCAACCCAGCCUCAGGGGAAACAGUACUGGCUUUGGGGUCUUCGCGAAUGGUCAUAUUUGAGGGUGGACCACUGCCCUGGGUCCAUAAACCUUCCUCACACACCACAAAAGUGUCGGUGGGUGGGGGAGACAAGGUGGAGGCACGGCUGGUGAAGGAGAGCAGUGGGCAGCAGCCGGGGGACAGACACAUAGUAGAGGCUGUGUGUCAGGGGCUCGGCCAAACCACACUGACCCUUACCGUGGCCAAUGCACCCUCGGCCUCCCUGCCACACCCCAAGAAGGUCAGUGCCAGCGUGACGGUCAUCUGUGCCCUGCCAGACUCCGUGAGUCUCAUAGCGUUGGUGAAGCGGCCAGCUGAGGCGCGCACCCCUUGCCCUGCCAUGGCUGAGCUGGGAAGGGCUGUUGCCCACUGCCACAAGCCCCUCAACAUGGAGGUGGUGGUGACAGACUCUGAACAGCGGCGCUUCGACAACAUCUCCUCCCUGGCGCUGGAGUGGGAGGUGUCCAACAUUAGCCUGGCAGCCGUCCCCAGCCAGCAGCCUUCCACCCUUGCACAGUCCACCACCACCCAGGGCCACGCUGCUACCGCCCCCAUGAGAAGUUAUCAAGUCCUGAACCCCUUUGGUGAGGUGGGCGAGCUGGUUGUCACUGUACACCUGGUUGGACUCAUUGAGGGCAUUUGGGUUGGUCUGGACAUCCCGCCCCUCUCGGCAUCUCUUCCCCUGUCCCUGGUGCAUGAUGCGGCCCUUGACCCUCCUGCAGCCACACUCUACCACCACACCCAGAACAAGUUGGAGCUCCGUGUCGUUGGUGGGUCAGGCUACUUUGAGCUGCAGCCGCCAGACAAUGACAUCGCUACACUGGACUACCACGAGGCCAAGAAGACUGUCACUGUCAGCCCACUGGGAGAUGGUGAGCUGGUGGUGGCCCUGGUGGACGUGUGUCUUGACGCCCCUCGCCCUGCCACCUCCCACGUGCGGAUUGCCAGCGUGGCCUCCUUGGAUCUAUCAGUGCAGGAGGUGGUGGAGCUGGGAGGCACACUAGAGGCUGAGGUGGUGGCCCUGGACGCCUCAGGAACCCCUCUGCCGGCACACUCCCUCAUGGACCUGCAGCCUCACCCCCAGUCCACCGUCAUCUCUGCCAGGUACCAUGGGAUCAAUGAGCGGGGCAAUGCAGUCUAUGAGGUGCGGGGCCGCCACGUGGGGGACACCACUCUGCGGGUCAGUGCCUUGGCUGGGGGCGGGGCGGCAAACGAGGGCGGGCGACCCCGAGUGGAGAGCCCUGCCCGCCCCAUACAGGUGUUCCCCGCCCUCACCCUGCACCCACGGAACAUCACCCUUGUGGUAGGAGCGGUAUAUCAGGUUGAGACACGAGGAGGCCCCUACCCAGCCCCCAGCGUGGAGUACAGCAUGGCUAACGGCACUGUGGCCAACACCUCACAUGCUGGAGUGGUGACUGCCCUGGCCCUCGGCACCACCACCCUCACUGCACGGGCCGUCAGUGUGGGCCAAAAGACUGGAAGGCGGGCCAUUUACUCCCAGGACUUAGUGAUGAUACAUGUGGUGCCGCUGCCCAAGAUACGCAUCCAUGCCCCUCUGACGCGCCUUGAGACAGGUACCACUAUGCCCCUCCUUGCCAUGGGCUUUGACGAGCAUCAGGCACCCACAGCCUAUGCCUCGGCCACCCCGCCACUCAUCCUGGAGUGGACCACAUCCAACAAGCAGGUGGUGUCUCUUCCUGGAGUAUUUGUCAAGAGUGGUGUGGUGGAGAACACGGACAACCAGGGAGCAGCCAGGGUGAGGGCAGAGCGGCCAGGCAGGGCAACGAUCAGCCUGAAGGUGAGAGUGGCCGCCAACGCAAUGCCACCCUAUCUGCAGACCCUCAACAAUGCACUCCUCACCGACAAGCUGGAGAUUAAGGUGUUUGAAUCCCUGAAGCUGAAGUACCCAGGAGAUGGCGCCUCCCAGCUGCUGAUGACACCCAGCUCCGAGACACGGAUCACCACCAACAGGGAUGGAGAUGGCCAGAUAACCUACCACGUGGAGGGAGCUUGUGGCAAGGGUGGUGACGGCAGUGGCCCAGUGGUGGAGGUUGGGCCAGAAGGUGUGGUGAGGGCCGGGGAGCAGACAGGCCAGGCCACUGUCAUCGUCACUGUCACAGAGAGCUACGGAGUCACCCAGAGUCUCUCAGUACUAGUGGAGGUGAAGAAAGUGAGCUAUCUACAAGGGGAGGUGGGUGGCCUAGUGGGAGCUGUGGCAUCCUCCCCACUUCCCUGGCUGCCGGUGGGGGGAAGCCUCAACCUGCGCCUUUCCUACCAUGACAACCGAGGGCGCACCUUCCAUGCCACUAAUGCCCAACCAGCCUCCAGAGCCUCAAGGUUUGAUUUGGUGAGUGUGAGUCGUGGGGCAACCAAUGACAGCCUGGUGGUGGAGGUGGUGGGGCGGGGCCAGACGGUACUCCAUCUAUGGGACCACAAUCUGCCCAAUCUCAACGACUACUUGCGCCUCAAUACUGGUCCUGCCAUCACUCCAGACAGGGCCUCGGCAGCGCUGGGUGUGCACGUCUGCUUCGCUUCCCAGGUAGUAGGGGAGGCCGAGGCAGCCACAGGAAACUGGUCAACGCAGGGAGACGUCCUCACUCUGGAUAGCACCUCAGGCGUUGCAGUCUCACACCGCCCUGGCCGUGCUACUGUGCUCUUCCAGGCCAGUCCCUCCCUCAUCACCACCACUGAGCUCAAUGUACUGCCCCUCACACAGAUCACUGUCGGCAGCCCCCAACACCCCCUCACCAACGGACGGGAAGGAGCACGUCAGGUGGCAUGGGUUGAGCUUGGGGCAGAGGGCAGCACCACACCUCCAUGCUACCCUGCCAGCCCACCAGCUUCCCUGCCACCCUUCUCCUGCUCUGUCACUCUCUUCCCCUCCCUGCCAGGCAUUGAUGUUGGGGAUCUGUUUUCUGCUGCACCUAUCUAUGUCCCCAAGCAAGGGUAUGGCUGUGAGGUGACAUGUCUGGCCGGUCCAUCACUGGGCUUGGCCACCCUGGAGGCUGCCUUGGUUGUGGAGGCGGUGGCUGAAGGGGACGGUGGCUUGCGGUCCGGCCAAGUGCAGAUCCCCUUCCUGCCCGCCCCGGCCCCUGAGAGCCCCACCCUCACUCUUACUAACCAGCAGCCUUCUGCCUCACUCUUGCUUAGAGGACACCCAGAUGUGUUGGCAGCCAUGACUAGUGUUGACGGAUGUGUGGGUGGCCUGGAGUGUGAGCUGGGUUCGGCGCGGGGUCAGGAGCGCACCCUCACCGUACAGAGCAAGGAGAGUCUGUGGGCCUCCUCGCUGCCUGAAGCACCCCUGGAGGUGAACGUGACCUCGCCUCUCACCUCCAACAUUGUGCAGGUGCGUGUUGUUCUGGAGUCGGUGGGUGAUGGGGUGUGUGCCGCUACACCCGCCUGGGACUUGGGUCUCCUCACCCUCCUGUUCAGCGAGCGCUUCUUGGUCAGCCUCGCCUGCCUGUCCCUCACGGUUGUCUGUCUCUUUGUGGGUUACCACGCCCUCCUGAGCCCCAGCUACAAGCAGACGCAGCACAGUGGAGUCUUUGCUAAUUCCCCGGCGCCUGCCCCAGCCAUGACAACCUUCCAGCCAGUGGUUUCUUCUUCCCCAGGAGGCAUCACGUCCCCUGGAGGCAUCACGUCCCCUGGAGGCAUUACUCCCCCUGGAGGCAUUGGCCGGGCCUCCCCGCAUGGCUACACACUCUGGAGUGAUACCACUGAGCCUGUGUAUGGAGCACCACCCUAUGGCAGGAGGGCCUACCAAGGCUCCCCCACCUACACCACCACCCCACCCAGGACUAACUAGCCCCUUUAGUUAUGUGAUUGUCCUUGUGUGUGUGUGUGUGUGUGUGUGCCUUGGUUCUCUUACCCAUCCAAGGCUAAGCUUUAUAAUUUUUUCUCAAAGAUGUAAAAUUAGUUUUGUAUAUAUAUAUAUGAUAGUUUUCUUCCCUGAGGAGAUGACCGUCAAGGCAUCAAGUCAGGACAGGGAAGAGGUGUUGAGUGUCUUGUUAGCUGCGUGUUUCAGUGUGCAUCUUCAAGAUGUAAUCGUAAAGUAAUGAGCAGUUCCUAAUAUUUUCUGACAGGUAUAUUUUCUAUGAACAAGUGUUAGUGAUUUGUAAUUUGAAAGUGUACCAGUGACUUAAGUUAUUUAGAUUAUCUCCAGAGGAGGGUUUUUCUUUUAUUUUAUUAGUUGAAUAUACAUUACACUGCCUGGAGGUUCACUUCUAGAUGAUAUUUUAUAUUGCUGCAAUUUGGGACUCCUGUGUGUGUGUGUGUGUGUGUGUACACAUGUACAUUCUUCACUUUUUUUUCUUUGGUUUUUGAAUGAAAGUUUAUAAAUGGAUAAAUUCAAAUUAAUUUUGCAUUCUAUGAAUGCCUAAGAAACUUGAUUCAUCUAAUUUGUCACUGUAGUAUCUCAGAGCCAGAUAUAAUUAGGGCAAGAAAGAAUUUGUAAUCUGAUGAACAUCAGAUAUUUUUGGAGAGAGACAACACAAUCAUUAUUUUAAAGAUUGUGAUGGCAACAAGUUUGUAAGGCCUAUAAUUAUUAGCUUUGUACUUAAUGGUCUGCUGUGUGCGUGUGUGUGUGUGUGUGUGUUCACAGGCUGCUGCAUUAACAAGGGCAGAGUCUUGAAAUAUUAGGUACUGCGGUGUGACCUUAAACUUGAAAGAUCAUCAUUGCCAUUUCAACCAUUCUUCCUACAAAAAGAGAUGGUUAGAAUUGUGAUACAUAUAGAUAUGUGUGUGUCAAGCCACAGCUUAGCCCAUCACUGAUCCCACAUCCCCACACAUGAAAAGCAUCUAGAAUUCAUGAAUGUUUGCAUUUUGCACAAUUAUGAAUGAUCUCUUCUGAGGUGUACCUGAAAGAUUGGGGAGUUACAAACCAUUCAGUUAAGGAUGAGGCAAUAAGUAUACUUCACUGGAACAUUAUCUGUCAGCGAUGGCACAGGUAGCGUGUCAAGUGGUACCCAGGGCACCUCUUGCUCUCCUGUAAUUGAUGAUUUUCUGUCCUGUUUUGGUGUAUUUUUUUCAAGUAAUAUUUUAGAUAAUUAAGUAACAUAUUAGCUCAUAUCAUUUACUCACUUCUGAAGUAAUAACUAAACUGAGAAAUUAGAGUGUUAUUCAGGGACAGAUCCAGAGACACUACAUCACACCCACCACUUGCCUUGUGUGCCCCCUCCAUACAAUCCAAAACAUUGAUAAUGAGUGUUAACUGGUUUGAUCAUUGAAUUGCCUUUUUUGCUUGUGCCAUAUCAGAGCUUCUCUCCAGUUCAAUACUGUUAACAUAUUAUCAAGUGUCAUGAUAUUAAGUACAGCUGUCCGUCAUUGCUAUAUACACUGCCACUUAAUCUUCCUUUUAAUAUUGACUAUGAAACCUCUUGUAUCAAAACCCAGUCUCUUUAUGUUAUCAACAUAACAUAGCUAUAAGUAAUAUUCUAGGCCACUGCACAUGGGAAAAAGUGCCUGUGGUUGUGAGACUAACUCUUCUGUUGAGGACAAGUAGUGGAUCACCUGCAUAGAUUUUUGUACCUGUAUCAGUCCAUAGCAUGUUUGUGUUUCCUUAGAGCUUUGUGCCAUAGUUCACCUGAAUUGGAUUCUUAGCCCAUGUUUGCAUAUGCAUAAGUUUUUACAUGGAUUGCAGGAGCUUCAUGGUGGAAGAUAGUGCUCUCCUCAACACUACCAUUGCGUCUAGCUUGUGAAAAAUAUUUUAAUCUCUAUGCAUAUGCAGCACCAGACAGUACCAGGGCCUUAGUGAUCACCUCCUUACCUCUCAUCCCAUCAGGCAACAAACACUCUCAGCUGAGCCAAUACUCACUCUUAUUUGCUGAUGGAAUUAUAUGCAGUGUUGUCAGAAAAAUGAAGACUACAGCAAUGGUAUUGGUUUACAUUGUAGUCUUUCAUUAGUAUGUGAGAUGGGUGUAGAGACACCAUCAGAAUCUACACAUCACUGAGUUCCCUCAUCCAUUCAGUGCAGAUACAAGAGGUUUUAUUAUAUGGGUAUGCAUUGUUUUAUAUCAUAUUCACUUUUUAAUACUAUUGCACAUUACUGUGAAACUGCAACAGAAGUACAAAUAUGUCUCUUAGCUCAUGCUUUCUUGUCAUAUACAUGAUUUUCUUGUGUCUGAAGCCAGCCUUAAUUUGAAAGAAUUCACCACAAAGUAGUAUAAUUUUUUGUGAAGCUGUUUGAUCUACUGAAAAUAGGCUGCAGAUGGCAUGUGAAGACUUCCUUGUUGUCAGUAAUGAUGGUUGUCCUCAGCCCAAGCAGAGUUUUUCAGCCAGUUGCUGCGGGAUGGAGCUGUAUUUAAUUUUGCUCAUCAAUACAAAAACAAUACAAAAAGUUAUCACACUCCAAACUAAGCAUAAAGACUGUCAUCUAAUUACUCUGAUAAUGUGUAGUCCCUUUAACAGAGUGUACCUCUUUGUAAGACACACUUGUCAGCAGCUCAAGGGUUUAUUGAACACUGCCAUUCACUCAGCAUUGUUAAUGGGUAAUGUCAAUGUAUGUCUACUUUUACAUAUAUUAUUUGUGACUGGAAGCAUAGCAUGUCAUGUAUGCAUAACUCAUGUUGAUUUCUAUGCCAAAUAUUGACUUUGGCAUCAGUCUGACUAUUUAUUUAUUAUUACUAGUGCUUCAUAGACUGGUUAUCUUGUGUGUGUCUUCCAAUGAUCAGCCAAAUUAAUAUUUCUUGCCCAUAGACUUACAGUUGAGUCGUAGAGGUAUUGUUCCAUAACACCUCAUCCCCAAGAAUAUAACAUUUUACAUCCCGCCCCAGGCUACUGAAUGCUGUAUUGUCUACUGCCUUUUCUUUCCUGUGUUUACUACUGUCCCUCAACUUAACAAUCCAGCUCAACGAACUCCUUACAGCUCAGCAGAUUUCUCAAAAGCCAAAUUGACAUGCUUUACAGCCCAUUAGAUGCAUUUUUCUCACAUGUGCCCCUCAACACCUUGUUGUCUUCAAAAUAUGGUAUUUCAGUGAUCAGUUUUUCUGGUGACCAAAGUACAAGGGAAACUACAUGUUGACUUAUUGGGAUGUGAUCUUUUGUCCCAACAAUAGAAGUUGGUUUUACUGUGUUUGUAAUAAAAAAAAAGUUUUCUAACCAAAUGAAACUUUAUUGAAUGGGCAAAACCCCUCAUUGUUUAGUGACAAAAAGUGAUUGAAGAAUCCCCCCAGGCUAGAUAGAUAAGACCAUAUAGCUCUGCUAGGGUUAAAAGAGAGCGCUGCCUCUCUUACCGAGAUGACGCCGUGAGCUGAGAUUGACCCCACAACCUUUUAGGUGCAAGGCAAGUACUGAACCCACUGAGCUACUCAGCCCCUCAUUUAGUGACAGCUGUAAGCAAAAAGUGACUAGAGUAGGAUGCUCAAUAUUUACAAUAUUAGUACCUCAUUAAUUUCACAAAAAGUACAAAAUUUUACAAGAUUGCACUCCAGCAAAGACUAUGAAAUUUAGUUUUUGAAUGAGGGAAUUUGUGCUACAGCCUACCAUAAAAUUGAGUAAAUUUGUAAGAAGAACAUUAUUAAACUUUUGUAUAGUUACAUUCAUAGGGUUGAUUAUUAUAAGGAUACUACUUUUGGGGGAGGGGCUGAAAUUUAUCCUGGAAUUGCAAGGAGCAUAGCAUUUAUUGAAAGCAAAAUUAUCUUUCCAUGAGGAAAGGCCAAAAUGGAGCAAGGCAUGUAAGAUGAUAUUUCCUCAUCCUGACACAAGUACAAAAUGAUACCACUAAGAUGUCGAUAUCUUUUGUAAAACCGAGGUCUUCUUUUACAUGCAAUGUAUGAGAAAUUUCCCAACUUUAAGGCCAAAAUUAGGAGGCUGCUUCUGAAAAAAAUAUGCUCAUGCAUAUAUAUAAAUGUUGAGUAAUUCACCACAGCUUGAUCACAUGCUGGACUUGUGAUCACCAGUCAGUACCCUCCCAGAGAGAGAUCAGAAACUUGUUUGUGUGUGUGUAUACAUGUACACAGUAUUAUGUUAUUAUGUUUAAAUACACAUUAUGACUUGACGUGUACCCACAAUCUUACCACAUUAUUAUGACGAUGGAGUCUGAUGAUCAUGUUUUCCUGUGGAAUACAUUUUCAGCCCUCAACAGUGCAUGUACUGUACCUCUAUAUCUUGAGAGUAAUUGAACACUUACAAGUAUAAUGACUGUACAGAGUCACAGCCUCACAAGCUGCCAUAAUGCUGACUUAUUUGAAAAAUAUGUUUUCUUCAGCAAAAUAAUGUGAUUCAAACUUCAGCAUGAUAUGAAGAGCAAGAGAAAGCUAUGAAAAGGGUGAAAAGAACCUCUGACCUGGCAGAGGCAAACUCCCACUAUUAAUGGGCUUAACUAAUGCUGAGCAUAUAAUUGUUAGUAAGACCAACAACAAGGAUCAGGGUCUCCAAACAUCAACAAACUUGACACACUCGUGUAACACAUGACAACCUCACCUUAUCCAGAAUGACUCUCCCAACAUAAUUUACAUUAUUUAUCAAAUUACCUGACAAACUUUGUUAUUAGAUGCAUGAUGAAUUUUGACGGUAAACCUGAACUCCCAACUGACACUAUAUUAAUCAAUUUCAUUCCAGCUGUGGGGUUACUGGUUGGAAGUUGUUAGUACAACAAAAGUAAUAUGAAAUGUCUAUAAAUCAUAGACUUGGUCACACUGAAGCUCCUGAAUACCAGACUAAACUAUAAGAUACCUCUUAGUGUUUGACUCAAAAACAGUAAUUUCAUAACAUUAAAGAGAGUGAAGACUUAAACUCAAGGAACUGAAACCAUUACUUAGAGAGACCUGAGAGUCUGCUGUAAUGAGCUGCCAGACUACUAAACACCACAGAUGCUCGUCAACUUUAAUCACAACCCUUGAAUCCUCCAUGCAUGACUGAUAUUCUUCUUCAUUAACACAUCAUGUAAGUAAUACACUUGACGUGAACUUCAUCUUAUCUAGGUAAAUCGUAAUAUCCCUUUAUUGUCAUUUGGCAAUAUGUUUUUUGUUAUUACUACCAUUUUCAUGUCUCAUCAAUAUCACAGACAUUUGUUCUUUAGAGUUUGCUCAGUUCACUCUGCACAAUACGUAUAAGGUUCACCACCAUUCAUGGCAGAUAGUUUAUCAGUCAAUUCAACUUAUAUCUUGAUUAUCUUCUCUUGACUGUUCACACUGUAGUGUUCUAUAUCCCACCUUCUCAAGAAACAAAAUCACUGGCUUUCAAGGCAUCAUGCACUAUUUGAGAAGCAAGGACAACAGCCACACAUUUUCCAAGGGUCUAUCUUAUAAUGUAGGAUAUGCUGCCACACCGCUCAGUAACCACGUUCUGCUGGUAACUGUUCCUUUACCCGUAAACACCAACCAGUCUCCAGUAAAGAAAACAUUUUCUAACUCCCCUUUCUAGUUUCUGACUAACCCUUGUCUAUCUAAACUUUCUAACUCGUCAAUUUAAAUACAUCACUGAUUAAUCAACUAUUGUUAGAAGAAUAGUUUGUACCAUUUCUUUUCACUUUUAUAACAACUAGACAGCUAUUACCUCUCCGUCCCCUCGUCCGCACUCUUUCACAGCCUGUCCACAGUUAGCAUAGAUUAGUAGAUCACUAUUACUUACACAUUUCUGUAUUUGUUAUCUGAUACUUAGGAAAUUCAGCGACCAACUAAAUGCAAAAGAUGUCAACACAGCACCAUCAUCAUGAUCAGUGUUCUUUGUAGUAUUGCAUGGCAAGUAAUUCUUUCUGGGUUAUGAAGAGAACCAUGAUAAAAGUAAAUACACAAGCACCCAUCCAUGCAAACAGGCCAUUAAGAUGCACACCACUUGCAAAUACACUGACAUACACAAGAAAAAAUGACACUAAAAUAUCUCACAUUCUCUUAAGUACAAUCUGC